AUAACUUUACGUACAGUCGAUCAAUUUCCCACAAUGCACUGCUAACCUCGCUGCCCCCUUUUACUUCCGGCAACUAAACCGAGUGGUUCGAAAUGGAACCGUCACCACAGAAGGGCCCACAACAGUCCGUGCAAGUUUUCGGACGAAAGAAAACUGCUACUGCUGUCGCUCAUUGUAAACGUGGAAAUGGCCUGAUUAAAGUUAAUGGAAGACCACUGGAGCAGGUUGAACCACAGAUCUUAAGAUACAAGCUCCAGGAGCCCAUCCUGCUGCUGGGUAAGGAGAAGUUUGCUGGGGUGGACAUCAGAGUGCGCGUCCGAGGGGGUGGUCAUGUGGCCCAGGUCUACGCUAUUCGACAGGCUAUCUCCAAGUCUUUGGUAGCCUAUUACCAGAAAUAUGUUGAUGAGGCCUCCAAGAAAGAGAUUAAGGAUGUCCUGAUCAGCUACGACAGAACUCUGUUGGUCGCUGACCCCAGACGAUGCGAGCCCAAGAAGUUUGGAGGUCCCGGCGCUCGUGCCCGCUACCAGAAAUCUUACCGUUAAUCUGGUCAUUAAAUUGUAAAUUGACACUUCA